CAUAUUUUGAUUUCAUUUGAUUUAUUUAGUAUUUAAAGAAAAAUAACAAAUCUGUUUGAACUUUGAAGAUUAAUAAAAUGGAAAAUAACACCUUUAUUCAGUUUGAUCCUAAUAAAUACAAAGAAAAACUCUCUCCUUUCGGUUGUAGCGUUUUAGAUAUUAUGAUUAAUCGCUACAAAGAAAACAAUACAAAAUCAAAGACGGUCCGUAAAGAUUUUGCCUUUUCUCGGAAUCGCCGAGUAUUAACUUACAAUGACAAUGUCUCCGUUUCUAAUAAUGAGGGUGGUGGUGGCGUUCAUAAUAAUACAAUGUUUCUCACUCCAUAUGACCUAUACGAUAAUGAAAGUCGUAGAUUUCAAGAAGAUUUGUUAGUGAGCCGAAAAAAUACAAACGAAAUUGUGGAAAAUCGUACUGAAGAUGAAGAGCCGUUUGACUUUGAUCGUGAUAUAAAUCCAGUUAUAACUUCAAGUGAGCUAGUCAAUGCAACCUCUGAUAUAGACUGUAACGUUAACAAACAUAGUUACUCAAGAGAUGAUUUAAUUUGCGGUAGUCCAAAUGAGAUAAACGUUGGAAGUUGCCGAAGCAAUAAUGAAAUAUUGCCACCUGUGUUCAGUACUCAGACGUCGGAAACUAACUUAAAAUCAGCUAAAAGUUACGCACUGCAAUUUAAAACUUCUGCUACUAAAGAUAUACAAUGGGAUGACAUGUUCGAUACAAAUAUUCUACCAGAUUUUAAUAUAAAUACCUUAAAUGACGAUGCAGCAGUGAAAUUGGAAUGUCCAAUCACAUGUGAUAAAACUGAUAUAAAAAAGUCGAAACAGAUUAAAAUAAUUAGUGAAAAGAUCAUAACAAGCAAUGUAAUAAAAAAGAAGACAAAUAAAAGAAAAGGGCAACUUAUCACAACUAAAGUUGAUCCAAAAAAAGUUAAAAUAAAAUCAAGCGAUAAUAUGAAGAAACCAGCAGAAAAAUUACCAAGAAAACAAAAUUACAAAAAAACUGUUAAUAGCUGGUUAGAUAAUGUAACACCUAGUAAUUGUAUAGAAGAUAUUGUUGAUAACCAAGAGCUACAGUCUGUUAAAGAGAACAAAGAACCUGAAAAAACAAGUCAUACUAAAAUACAAUGUAAAGAUAAAUCUGAAACUAAAUCACCCACUGAUAAAGCCAAAAAAACUAUCCAAGCCCAACUCGCAAACAAAGAUGGGGUGAUGAAAUUCAAGAAACCUAAUGAUAAAACAUCAGUGCCCUCAAAAAUUAAUCUGACAGAUAAUACAUUAGCAUCAAAUGAACAGGCCAGCAAAGAAAAAAAGACCAAAGCUAGAUUCAUAGCGCCUAUCAAAUCGCAAAUACCAGUAAAAGAUGUAGCUUUUAAUAUAACAAACAUCGAUAACAAUAAUUUACCUGAAAAUUUAUUCGGUUUGGAAGGGUCUGAAGUGGUAUUGGUUUUAGUUUACAGUAAUGGCUAUUGUCAACUCAACGGGCAACAUACUGACGAUGUUUGUAAAUCUGAAGGAGUACUGAUGAAUGUUAAUGGUCAAUUUUAUUAUCUCAAGACGGAUAAUCUGGACGAUAAAACGAAAUCCAAAGAACUACUGCUUCGGAUUAUAACAAGUAACAUGAUCAUAUGCUAUGAAGCUAAACCCAUUUUGAUGUAUUUAUCAUCGCAAUGCCACUUUAUUAUUAACGAUUAUCGAUACAAAAUCUUUGACGCCAAGAUAGGAGGUUUCUUACUGGAUCCGGACAGCCCUGCUGAAAAUUUCUCCAGUUUACAAAAGAUACUUUCAUACACUCCGGAGUACACAAUCGCUACAGAAUGCCACCUUCAGAAAUCUGCCUGGUAUUUGGAGCUUUUGAAUGAUUGUGCGGAUAAAUUGAAAUCUGUAUUGACGACUCAAUCACUUUGGAACGUGUUUACGGACAUAGAAAUGCGGCUUGUGCCUAUAAUUGCGGAUAUGGAAACACGAGGUGUGAAUGUAGACCUAAAGAAACUGAAAGAUAUGGAAAGCCUUCUGCUGAAUAAACUGAAAAGCGUAGAACAGGAGUGUUAUAAAGUAGCUGGAAAAACUUUUCAAAUAAAUUCAACUGUGCAAGUAAGAACGAUUUUAUAUGAUGAACUAAAAUUGGACUCUAAGAGCAAUGUGAAAAUUCGGGAAACUAUAACAACUGGAGCUAAAUCUACGUCAGAAACUAUGCUUCGUAGUCUAAUGGCGGCUCAUCCUCUGCCGAGGUUGAUUCUGGAGUACCGUCAUUUGCACAAAGCUCACGCCACAUUUCUCACAGGAAUAUCGCAGCAUGUCACCAAUGGUAUUGUGAAACCUACUUGGGUGCAGACGGCCGCAGCGACGGGCCGCAUCGCCUCCAACAACCCCAACCUGCAAGCCAUACCGAAGGCACCCUUCAGCCUCAUCAUGUUUCCGGAAACGGAUGAAAACGAGAACCUCCAGCUGAACUUCCGUUCAGUGUACGUGGCUCGGCCGGGGUUCAAGCUGGUGGCUGCCGACUUCCAGCACAUCGAGUGCCGCGUGUUCGGGCUAGCCGCCGCCGACACCGCCCUGCUGGCCAUCUUGAAACAACCGGGGGAUAUCUUCAGAGUCCUUGCCGCUAAAUGGUUAAAGAAGACAGAAGAGGAAAUAACAGCAGAGGACAGAGAGCGUACGAAGCGCAUCGUCUACGCCAGCCUCUACGGUGCGGGGCCGCGGAAACUCAUGGACAUACUCAACAUCGGCUAUGACGAGACCCUUUCGAUUGUAGCCAGUUUUAAUCGAACAUUCCCCUCCCUGAAAGGUUUCGGCCGCUCAGUGGUGGGCCGAUGCGAGGCGGAAGGGGGUCGACUGGCCACGCUGUGCGGUCGGGCGCGACUGUUCAAACACAUCAACAGCGCAGACUUCACGCUGAAGUCACAGGCUGAGCGACAGGCCGUCAAUUUUAUAGUCCAAGGAUCAGCCGCAGACCUCUGCAAGAUGGCGAUGGUGCUCACAGAGCAGAGUCUGAGGGGCAGCCACCCGCCGGUCGAGGGGCACCUCGUGUUGCAAAUACACGACGAACUUGUUUGGGAAGUCAGGGAUGAACAUGUGGCAAGAGCUUCAGAAAUUGUUAAAGAAGUGAUGGAAAGUUGUGGACACAAGUGCGGAAUAACUAUGAAACUACCAGUAGCCAUUAGCUACGGUCAAAAUUGGGGUGAUAUGAAAAAAUAUAUCGAAUGAAACAAAAAGAACAGCCUCAACUCAACAUUGGCGCCUUGCUAACUAAACUUUACUUUGUGCGCAUAGUGUGGAGAGUGCGUUAAAUAAUGACGAUGACACAAGUCACGAGAUUGUUCAAAACUUAACAGCGGAGCUUGCACUGUAUAAUAAUACAUUCCACAAUAUUGUAACUUUAAGUGUUUACCAAAAU